AUGCGUGACGACAGAAUUUCGAGUGUUCGAAUGAGAAUGGGUUUUAUUGACAAUUUCAAUGUGCCCCCAGUUGGAUCUGCGAGGGGUCUUAGUCUAUGGUGGGAUGAAAGUGUUAAGGUGACAAUAUGGAGAUCCUCUCAAAAUAUGAUUGAUACAAAGGUGGAGAUAAUUCAAAUAGGCCAGGAAUACAGAGCCACAUGGAUUUAUAGUACUCCAUAUAAAGAAGAGAAUGGGCUUUUCUAG